GCGUCCGACUUCGCAAGCGACUCCUCACGCCGUCUACCAACUGAAACACAUCUUCCUCUCCAUCCACAAUGGUCGCAGCCUCGUCGGAACGCGCCGCCUCGGUCGAAUCCCCGGAGCAGGAUCUGAGCUCACAGUUUGUAGAGCGCUUCGUCAAGGGCAUCGACCUCAAGGAUGAGCUCGAGAUGUCUGAAUACAAGCGCAAAGAGUUGAGUGGCGAGCUGCAGCCUGAGCCGUACCUCGUUGCGAAUCCCAACCGCUUCGUGCUCUUCCCCAUCCAGGAGCACGAUGUGUGGCAGAUGUACAAGAAGGCAGAGGCCUCCUUCUGGACUGCCGAGGAGCUGGAUCUAGUGCACGAUCUCAACGACUGGGCGAAACUCACAGACAAUGAGCGUCACUUCAUCAAGCACGUGCUCGCCUUCUUCGCUGCCAGUGACGGUAUCGUCAACGAGAAUCUGGCCAUGAACUUCAGUAACGAAGUGCAGAUCCCUGAAGCUCGCUGCUUUUAUGGCUUCCAGAUCGCUAUCGAGAACAUCCACUCGGAAGUCUACUCGCUGCUUAUUGACACGUACAUCAAGGAUGCGGUGGAGAAAGACCACCUCCUUCGAGCUAUCGAGACCAUCCCGUGUGUCCAGAAGAAACACUCAAAUGAGCGUCUGCUAGCGUUUGCUGCAGUGGAAGGAAUCUUCUUCUCAGGCUCGUUCUGCUCCGUGUUCUGGCUCAAGAAGCGAGGACUUAUGCCUGGCCUAAGCUUCUCGAACGAAAUGAUUAGUCGCGACGAGGGUAUGCACACGGACUUCGCGUGCCUGAUGUACUCGAAGCUGGUCAACAAGCUGCCGGAGAGUCGUGUCCAUGAGAUCAUUCGUGACGCUGUGGCGAUUGAGCACGAGUUCGUGUGCGAUUCUCUCCCGGUGGAGCUCAUCGGCAUGAACUCGGCGCUCAUGUGUCAGUACAUUGAGUUUGUGGCAGAUCGUCUUCUGUACUCACUGGGUGUAUCCAAGAUCUACAACGUGAAGAACCCAUUCGACUGGAUGGACAUGAUCUCACUACAGGGCAAGACAAACUUCUUCGAGAAGCGCGUGGGCGAGUAUUCGAAGGCUGGCGUGGGUGUUUCAGCUGAGGAGCAGGUGUUCACUCUGGACGCCGAAUUCUAG